UGCUUAUAUUUUUCAUUUUGCUUUGUAAAUGCAUGUGAUAGUUUCAUCUAAAAAUUGCUUUCAUGUUGUCCUGAAGUGAUAGCUGGAUACAUCCAUUUCAAUUAUAUUAUUGAAAAGAUGUAUAUAAUUUCACAGAAUUUUAAGAUCUAUUUUUAAGAUGAUGAUAAUUUUUCUUGGAUGUGAAAUUAUCAGUUAUCCAAGAUGGGCAUAAUCAUAAUGAUUAAAAUUAUUAUUUAAUGCAUAAUUGUCAAAAUUAAUAGGAAAUAUGUAUACAAAUAAAUGAAUACACUAGAAAACCCAUUCCAUUAAUUGUUAUAAUUAGAAAGCAAAUUCACCAAACACAUACAAUACAUUAUUGAAUUUAGGAUGAAAGUAGCAUCAAUUUGUUGUGGCAAACAAUUUAAUAUAUUAUCAAAGAGAAAUGAUGAAACCAUCCAUUAAUUUCUAAUCACAUAGGAACUGUCACCACUAAUGCCAAAGAUGAACAGUGAGACUGACAAUGAAGAUUCUAAUGAUCAACCUCCUUCCUGCACCCCAAAGGAUGAACAAGUUUUUGCUACUCCUUCAUCCUCUAAGAAGAAAACAAUGAAGAGACUAGUUACUGGUUAUAUUCUUUUUGCUAGUGAAGUAAGAAAAUCUGUUGUUGCGGCAAAUCCAGAUCGUUCAUUUGGAGAAAUAAGCCGCAUGAUUGGAACCGAAUGGCGAAAUCUUCCUGCUGCCCAAAAAGCUGAAUAUGAAGAUAGAGCACAAAAACAGAAUGAAGAAAAUGCUGCCAAAGAAGGAUUUGAUAGUUUGCCACAUUCCCCAGCUUCUGCCCAUGGUGACAGUGGAAAAGGUGGAAAUCCAGAAAAAGGAGAAAAUAUGGUGUAUGAAUGUCAAUGGGAAGGGUGUGAUUAUCAAUUUGAAGAUCAUCAAGAUCUCAUUGAUCAUCUUAUCACCGAGCCAAAUGGUCAUGUCCAUAUAUCAUAUCAAAAUGCAAAAGAAAAUGAAUUCCAAUGUUUAUGGCAAAACUGUACCCGUAUUAAAAAGAAUGUUCCGUAAGUUAAUUCAC